AUGCACGACACCCCCUGCGACACGCUUACCAGCCGAACUUUGUCAGAGAUUUUCGCCCAUCUCAGGAUCGCCGAGUCCCUCGAGCUUAUGCUCGACGGCGUGACGACGGUCCCGUUUGCGUGGUCCAUGACCUGGGCUCCGCCCGUCACCCAGGUGUGUCGGUUCUGGCGAUCCGUGGCGCUGGACUUCCUCGAUCUCGCGAAGCCUCAGCUAGCGCUCGGCCUCUCUCGCCGGUUUUCCUUUCCUUUGCGCAUUCGCUGGGCCGUAGGCUCGGAGGAUGUCAAGGACGCAUGGGAGACCUUCCUCUUGAUCCUCCGCGAGGCGGCUCAUCGCGUCACGGAGCUGACCGUGUUAGACGCACGUAGUCCCUCCGCUGGCCGCGAAUGGGCGGCUGCGCGCCCUCCUUGCGAAAAUUUAACCUAA